CUCCCCAGGUGGAACGGGGCUGUGCGGCUGAGCGGGCGGGCAGCGCUGACUGCGCGUUCUCAGCUCCGCCGUUGCCGCGGCAACCGUCGCCGCUCGGUGACGUCUCCCCGCUCCCGUUAAAGUGAACGAGGCGCUGGCCACGCCCCCGAGUGGAACGAGGCCGUUCUGUGUCGCGCGGUGAUGACGUCUCUCUAGCAACGCGUCGCGUUGCUAGGGGCGGCCAUGGCGGAGGCCGCUGUGGCGGACCAGGCCCGGCCGUGGCCGCCGCCCGCGGGCGCCUACGCGGAGGAGCGGGGGCUCUUCCAGCUCCUGCAGAACAUGCUUGAAGAGCUAUUAAUUCAUAAGCCAGAUGAUCCUAUUGAGUUCAUGAUAAACCACUUAAAGCAAAACAACGAUGAUGCUCCAAGAAUCUGUGUCCUUGGUCCCCCUGCUUCUGGGAAAACUACAGUUGCAAUGUGGCUUUGUAAACAUUUCAAUGCCAUACGUGUCUCUCAGGAGACUUUGUUAUUCAAGGAAGUAUUAAUGCAGACAGAGGAAGCAAAGGCAUAUAAAGAAAGAAACCAGAAAAUUCCCAACGCGCUUUGGGCCAAUCUGAUCCAGGAACGUCUGUCAAACGUGGACUGCAUCAAACAAGGAUGGGUUUUGGAAGGCUUCCCUGAAAAUCAGGAACAGGCAUGGAUGCUGCAAGCAUCUGGCAUUUUUCCUAGGCAUGUUGUUAUGCUCUAUGCCCCAGACACUGUGCUGAUUGAGAGGAGUGGUGGGAAAAGGCUUGAUCCCCUCACACAAGAGGUUUUCCACACAACCUUUGACUGGCCAAGUGACCCCCUGGUGCAGGAGAGGUUGGUGAAACCAGAAGAUCUCUCUGAGCAGGAGGUGUCCAAGAAGCUGCUGGAAUAUCACAGAAACUUCCCAGAGAUUUUCCACAUCUACCAGAAAGUUCUGAAAUCGGUCAAUGCAGACCAGCCCUCUGUGGAUGUUCUCUCACAGGUUCUUGCUUUUGUCCAAAGCCGGCACCGCUCUGCCGCCCCCUUCACACCCCGGAUUCUCUUCUUUGGCCCCCCAGGCAGUGGGAAGAGCCUGCAGGCAGAACUAAUAGCUCAGAAAUAUGAUGUUGUCAACAUUUGCUGUGGGCAACUGCUAAAGGAAGCUGUUGCAGACAACACAAAACUUGGAGAACUCGUUAAGCCUUACAUUGACAGUGGAGGCCCAGUGCCAGAUGACCUUGUCCUGAAGCUGCUGACAGAACGCCUGAGUGCCCUGGACUGCCUGACCAAUGGCUGGGUGCUCUCUGGCUUCCCCAGGGAUGUCCAGCAGGGAGAGCAGCUGCAGCAAGCACAGAUUAAUCCCAACAGGGUGUUCUUCUUUAAUCUCCCCUACGAGUCCAUCAUGGAGCGCCUGUCCCAGCGGAGAACUGACCCCGUCACUGGGGAGAGAUACCACACCACAUUCAGACCAGCUCCCACUCCAGAGAUCCAGGCCCGGCUCAGGCAGAACCCCAAAGAUGAGGAAGAAAAUAUUGAGAAACGCCUGGACACCUAUUACAGCCAUGUCAAGGCCCUGGAGGAUUUUUAUCAAGAUGCCUUUUAUGUCAAUGCUGACCAAGACCCUUAUGUUAUCUUUGAGUUCAUAGAAAGCUGUAUCAUUAAGCCCCUUCCAUGUAAAAGCAGUAGUAGUUUAUAAUUUAAAGGGAUGAUUUGUAGAAGAGUUGAUUUGAAUUUUUUCCCUGUAAUAUUUGCAGCCUGGUUGCUGAAGUGGCAGGUUAGCACCAGGGAAGGAGAAGUCAGCCAAGCUGUGCUAGAUCUGAAGCUCACCAAGGCUGAGUGAAGUACACAGGGUAAGAAAUUGGGCUUUAGGGGGAGUUUUUUGGCCUUUGUUUCAUGAUGCAAGAUACCAAACACCAUGGCUGAGGAAGUCCUGUGUUUAAUUAAAAUUUUUUUUCUGUUUCUGAAUAGUAGUUUUGUCUUCACUGUGUAA